AUGAGUGACGGAUUGCACACAGACUCAUCUGGAGCAGAGAGACUUGGUUCAUCGGUAGAUGUCGAUACAAAUGGGGCAGAGUCAUCGAGCGACCGGCUCCAGACGAACAUGGACUCGUCGAAGCGACACACUCGGAAUCGCUCCAGCGUGGAUGGCACCAAGUACCGAGAUGGCACAUGGUCGCAGGAGUAUGAGAAGAUUCUGAUGGGUCCUUAUGACUACAUGCAACAACACCCCGGCAAGGAUAUUCGGCGGCAGCUCAUCAACGCUUUUAAUGUUUGGCUCCAAGUGCCCCCAGACAGCCUGGCGAUCAUCACCAAGGUGGUGGGGAUGCUUCACACAGCUUCGCUACUCAUCGACGAUGUUGAAGAUAACUCCGUCCUCCGCCGCGGCAUUCCAGUGGCUCACAACAUCUUCGGCACCGCACAAACGAUCAACUCGGCCAACUACGUAUAUUUCCUAGCUCUGCAAGAAGUGCAAAAAUUGAACAACCCGACCGCGAUCGACAUCUACGUCCAGGAGCUGCUGAACCUGCACCGGGGCCAGGGGAUGGACCUGUUCUGGAGAGACACCCUGACCUGUCCCACCGAGGAGGAAUAUCUGGAGAUGGUCGGGAACAAGACGGGCGGUUUGUUUCGGCUGGCCAUCAAACUGAUGCAAGCCGAGAGCACAGCGGGCAAGGAUUGCGUGAAGCUGGUGAACGUCAUGGGGCUCACGUUCCAAAUCUGUGACGACUACCUCAAUCUUUCCAGCACGACCUACACCAAGAACAAGGGACUAUGCGAGGAUCUGACGGAAGGCAAAUUCUCGUUCCCCAUCAUCCACAGUAUCCGCUCGAACCCACGGAAUCAUCAACUCAUUGGGAUUCUCAAGCAGCGGACCAAGGAUGAGGAAGUCAAGCUCUACGCGGUCAGCUACAUGGAGAGCACCGGCAGUUUUGCAUACACACGGGAAGUGGUGCGGGAGCUGCGCGACAAGGCCGUGUCCCUCAUCGAUGAGAUUGAGGCGCAAGGAGUCGGGAACGAGCCCGAGGGACAGGACCAGGGGGCGAUGGUGCGAGCUAUUCUGCACAAGAUAACCGAAACGACUUUAGGAGGCGAGAGCAAUGGAUCAGUGUGA